AUGGCCGCCUCAAUAGCAUCAACGACGCCCGCCAAGUCCGCGUCCACUUCCACGCCCGAGGUCGCCUCGUGGCAGGAUGUCGGCUACCGCUGCCCCCGCCCGGGCUUCUUCCUCGGUGACGACGGCUCCAUGGCCACCGCCAAGGUCCUGACGCCUUCCAACGAGCUCCCGGCGAAGUGGAACAUGGGCCGCCUCAGCGUGCUCCCUCUUGAGCUGAUGCACCAGAUCGUCGACGACCUGGCCGAGACGGACAUCCGCGCCCUCGUAGCCCUGCGCAACUGCAACCGAGCCUCUGCGGCUGUUGUUGACAGCUUCCCCGACUUUGCUACCGUGGCCGCCUUCCCCCGAGCCCUAGGUGCCCUCGUCUGCCUAGCUCCCCCUUCUCCGACAAACUCCUCACAAAUUUCACUCCGCGCUCUCGCCAAGUGCCUCCGCACUACGUCCUGCGCCAGCUGUCUGCGCCAGCGUGAAGCCACGGGCGACACCAGCAGCGACGUCCCCUACGGUGACUUUAUUUACCUGCUGGCGCCCGAGCGCGUAUGCUACUCCUGCUUCCGCUCCCUGCCCGAGUACCUGCCCGUAGCCCGCUUUGCCGCUGCCGGCAACCACUUGCCUCAGCUGCACCAGCAGCACAAGGAUUUGCUGGACAACCAGCCCCUGACAAGAAUUACCGUGCCGCCCGGCCGGUAUGGCGUGCUGGCGCGCCUAACACAACCGGUUGACCUUUUUGACCGGCGGGAGGUCUAUGCGGCCGAGGAGCCCGCGGGUUUGGACGACGAGGGUAGCAGCUCGUCAGCCAGCACGAGCACGAGCCUGAGAAACAUUACCACACCCGAGGUGGACCGCGUCUCCACCGUCCGCGGCCGACCUGUCGUUUCUGGCAAGCGCGGUCUCUCCGUCUCGCCUACACCCGGCAACUCUACCCGACCCGACCCUCUGCGCUAUGCCGCUGUGAUCCCCGCUCCCUACUGGGCGCUUGACAACAAGACCGUGCGGCCUACGGCCGAAACCCCCGUCGACCGCGGCUACGCAUGCCGCGCCUGUGCCCAGACCGACCGCAAGUCGGCUGGGCAUGCCGGCUGGGCCGAUCCGCUGGCCCGCUACACUGAGAAGGGCCUGCAGCGCCACGUUGCCGAUCCCCGCUACGGCGGUCGUGUCCUGCGCCGCCGUGUUGGCCUCACCGACAUUUACGAACACGACGCGCCUCGCCGCGGGCACUUCCCGCCACCCAUCGAGUUUGGUGCGACGGCGGAUCUGGCACGGCGGUACGAAGCUGUCAUCCUCGUGCCGGCCGGUUCGGUUGUUGGUUCGCGGAUGUAA